AUGAACAGUCUCCUGGUAAGCGUCUUCCAAAUUCUUCCACUUCCUCCAACUUCUUCUUCUUCAGAUCCUCUCGCUUCUCUGCGUCGCCGUCUCCGCGCACAUCCUCCCACCACUAGACAUUUGCUUGUCCCGGGAGGAUUGCCCCUUCCCGCAAAUCUGCUUCGGCGGAAAAUGCGUCUUCAAAGAUCCGCUGGUUUCGAGAACCUUCUACGCGCACGUCGGACAAGCAUCGGAGCGUCCAAGUUUCGGGAAGGAGUGCAACACGAGCGAAGACUGCGACAACGGCAGCUCGUGCCAAGACGGAGAGUGCGAGGUGAUGAACGGAUUGGGCGGCGCGUGCUUCUCCGACGCCUUCUGCCCCGACGGCUACAUUUGUGUGAGCGGCAAGUGCCAGGUCUUCAAGCUCAGACACUUUGCGCCGCCCCGCUUCUGCUCCAACGACCGCCAGUGUCCGCCCAAGACGAUUUGUGUGAACAACGCCGUCUGUAUGGCUGUUUAA